UGGGUCACGUCGACUUCCCGCGACACGCUGAGGCGCCAUAUGCUCUCUUAUUUACCUCGGUGUAGUCGGAGUACCCCACCACAGUAUUGGGACUUACUGGUGUACAAACGCUCCGUGUGUUAUAAUAUACGUAUUAUAGGUAUAUAUACUUAUAUUAUAACACAGUUUGGUUCGGUCACUUAAUUCCGACAAGUGGAGCUCUCGUGUCGGGCUUUGUACCCCUGUUCCUCACCCCCCUCAGAUCGACUCUGUUACCGAGAGACCGGAGGACCCUGCAGCCGCAACCGGACUUUGUUACCGCCGGAGACCAGAGGAAUCCGCGGCCACAGCCCGCCACCAUGCCUCAUUACCUGGAAGACCCCUCGGUCCUCACCAAGGAGAAGCUGAAGAACGAGCUGCUUAUCAACAACGUGGAGCUGCCUGUCUCCAGCGCCCCGAAGGACGUUUACGUCCAGCUGUACCUGAAGCACCUCACGGUGCAGAACACGAGGAGCGGGGGGGCCCUGGACGGGGGAACCACCCUGGACGGCUUUUCCAGCGACGAGGACCUGCCCCCGCCCGUGGUCGUGAGCCGCUCCUCCGGACGGAAGGCCAUCCGGAAGACGGACAAGGUCCAAAUGGAGGACCUGGAUGUGGCGGAGCUGACGGCUGAGGGCCUGAAGGAGGAGCUGAUGAAGUACGGCGUGGACGCAGGCCCCAUCGUGGCGUCGACCCGUCGUGUUUACGAGAAGAAGCUGCAGAGACUACAGGAAGAGAACAUCUCUCCGGCAACACCUGAACUCCCGCCCAUCGUCAUGGAGACAGAGGCCCACCACAACGGACACGCUGACCUGGACUUCAGCGACAAGGAGGACGAGGAGGUCCUGGUGGUCCCCGUUCCUGAACCAGAGGUGAUCCCGGAGCCGGAGCCGCUCCCCGAACCCAUCCCCAUCGUGGAGAGACUGGUCCGCAGCCGGGGGAAGAUCCCCGUCACCACCAGGACACGGAGCAGCCAGCACCACAAGACCAGCGAUUCCUCAGUGGACGAGGAGGUUCUGAAUGUUAAACGCCCAAACCGCAGGACGUCGUACCGGGUCCAACUGGUUCCCAGCCUCGCCUGUCGAACCGUUGGUCCUAACAAUGUGGGCUCUGUACUGGAGCCUGAGCCUCAGCCCCGCCCCCUGGUCAGUAUGACUCAAACAGACCCCGCCUCCUCUCCAUCCCGCAACACCCAGAGACCGAGUGAGGACUCUGCCACUUUGAGACCGAACUCUGUGGUGUUGAAAGCACGUCAGCCCUCAGGGGGGAAGACCCCCAGGAUCAAAUCCUCGGGGGAGAAGACCCCCAGGAUUCAAUCCUCGGGGGAGAAGACCCCCAAGACCCAGCCCCCAGGAGCUUCAGGGACCCCCAAGACCCACCCCCUGGGGUCCCCAGGGACCCCCAAGACCCAGCCCUCAGAGGUCCCAGGGCCUGGCGUGAAGGACCAGAGCAGAAGGACCGCUCCUCCUCCUCCUCCUCCUCUGCUGAUGAAAGGAACUCUUGACACGGCCGUGUUUGAGGGACCUCAGCCGGCCGCCCAUACUCUUUCUCAGAGAGCAGUUCUGUUAAGACCUCUGAUCGAACGGUUUGACCUCACCCCCCCGGCUUCUCCCAAGACCCAAAGACACAGCCUUCCUCCUGUAUUCUCUGUGGGGGGGGAGCAGGCGGCCCCUUGCACCCCAGUUCUGGAGCGAAUCAACGACCAUGUGGAGAAGGGGAAGCGGCACAAAAUCUCUCCCUUCUUCCCUGACCUCAGUCCGGUCAGGAGGCGCGGCUGUGUGGCAGUCGUUACCAAGCGACCGUACUUCGACAAGGUGGAGAAGGUGGUGGUUGCAGAACCGACCCAGAGAGCCGAAGUGAGGGACAUCCUGAAGGAAGUAUUUGCCAACGAUUUCAACAGUCCUUCUGGAAUCCUCGCCUCUUGUCGAAAGCCCAUCCGAGGUGCGGCCGGACGCCCCAUCCAGCCCAGCGACUUCUGGCAGGACGAGAACCUGCUGCUCUCCCCGAAGAACCUCUCCACCACCACCACCACCACCACCAGCUUCUCAGAGACCCGCCACAGAUCCUCCAACCUGUUCCCCUCCACCCACUCCUCCUCCUCCUCCUCCUCCUCAUCCUCCUCAGCCCCCGCAGCCCCCAGACUGGUCCUCGCAGCACCCCCUGCUGGCCACGCCCCCGCAGUGCGCCGCGGCCUCUCCGUCUGGCUGAAGCUCUUCCUCCUGGUUCUGCUGGUGGCCUUCCUCUUCUUCGUCUACCAGACCAUGGAGGCCGAAGUCUUGAGUCCGUUCAGCCGCUCGGAGGCGGAGCCGACCGGAACCACAGAGGGCGUGGCUUAGAACACCCAGAAAAAGGCUCCAAAAAAUGUGUGUGGGGGGGGGGGAAAUACAGUUCGCUUUAUUUUUGUUUGUGAAUCAGUCAACUAUCUAAGUCUAUAUUCCAGUGUUUUUCCAGCCUACUCAGUCUUGAGGAUGUAAACAAAGGCUAGCGUGCCACUAGCUUCGUGGUGUGAGUAAAUGAACACAACGUGACUCUGGUCUCCGGACCUCGAUCCAACAAGGCCGCCGUUUCCCAAUUCACGCUUUUUCCUAAGUGUCAAUUUGUUUGUGUGUUUGUUUUGAUAUGGAGAUGAAUAUUUUAUCUUCAUGCGUCGAUUUUCUGUUGCUAUUAUAUCCUGCUUCAACAGAAUUUGAAUUGUUUGUUUUAUGCAAUAGGGAGAAUUAACAUUUCCCAAUGCAUGUCUUUGAAUUGUAUUUCUUUAACUAAUAUGAUAAUCUCAUUUAUUUUGAAAAUGUAUGAUUUCGUUCCCGUUUAUUUCUUUUUUGAAUUAUGUAAACUCAACAUACAAAUUAUGAAAUGGCUACAAAUAAACGUUAUUGGAUUAACAUG